CCCAGGGUUUUGUCAUUUCCGUGGCGUCAGUGAAGGCAGCAGCAGGACCCAGGGUGUGUGCAGUCAGGCAAGCUGACAGAGGGAGACAGGGAGAGGGAAACACGGGGAACAUCUGUGCCUGGUUCAGCCGUGUCCGUCUUCGGUCUCCUCGGGUCUCUCUGCGGUGGUCGGACCGGAUCAUGGACCGGUCUCUGAGCUAGUUCCCGAGGAAAACACAGACCGACCCCCGGAGCUAAACCUGCAGGUGGAGCCUCCAUCAUCUUCCCCAUCAUCCCCGCCAGUUCCCCCCAGAGGAGCCCGAGCAGCGCAGCGACGAUGCAGACCUUCCUGAGGGGCCGCCGGGUAGGCUACUGGCUCAGCGAGAAGAAGAUGAAGAAGCUGAACUUCCAGGCCUUCGCGGAUCUCUGCAGGAAAAGGGGAAUAGAAGUUGUGCAGCUGGACCUGAGCCAGCCUCUGGAGGACCAGGGUCCGCUGGACCUCAUCAUCCACAAACUGACCGACCUCAUCCUGGAAGCGGACCAGAACGAUUCACAAGCCGUGCUGCAGGUCCAGAGAGUACAGGACUACAUUGACGCACACCCUGAGACCAUCGUCCUGGACCCUCUCCCCGCCAUCCGAACCCUGCUGGACCGCUGCAAGUCCUACCAGCUCGUCCACAGAAUAGAAAAGUGUAUGCAAGGUAAGACUGCUGAUUGGCUGACCGCUUGCUUGUUGCUGCAUAAUCAGGCCGGAAGAGAGAGUUUUGUUGAAUUGUUGGACAAGUAGAUUUUUUUAAAAGAAAUUAAGGAAGGAGGAGGAGGAACAUGUUGGACUUAAGCAAGUUUUUGCUUAACAGAGGGAUUGUAAUUUUUCAGAGUUUCAUCAUCCAUCAGCAACAUCACAGUGCCUGUCUGGUUAAAGUCAGAAUUAUUCAAAAAUAAAUAAAUUUAAAAUAAAAAUUCUGUAAAAAAAAAUAAAAUAAAAUAAAAAUAAACAAAAAAUAAAAAAAAAUCUGCAUUUUAAGGUUAAAGUCAGGAUUCUUCAAAAAGGUAAAAAUCCUGAGAAAAAUUUAAAAUUGUGAGAAAAAGAUGAGAAGUCUGAGAAGAAAGUCAGAAUUCUUAAAAAAAGUCCAAUCUCUGAGAAAAAUGUAGAAUUCUGAGAGAAAAUUAGAAUUCUGAGAACAAAGUGAGAAUUAUUUAAAAAAAGUGAGAAUUCUGAGAAAAAAGUCAGAAUUUCGAGAAAAAACUUAAAUUCUCAGGAC